CUUGUUCCUUCAAUGCCGUUUCUUCUUUCUCGAAUUGAAUUCUGUGAGAGGCAAUAGAAAAAGUUUUCACCUUUGUGAAGAGAGGAAAUUAGGGUUUUUUUUGUUGUUGUUGUUGCUGCUGGGAUUAGUUUCCGGAGAAAAUGAGGAGCAGUCUUCUCUGGAAACCCAUGUCCACGUUCUUGGCCUUGCUGGUGAUUUUCUUCCCCUUUUCAUUUUCCCGGAAAGUGUUUCCCGGGAUCGUCUUCCCAGACAGAGCUGUUCUUCUCGAGCUGAACCCUGAUGGGAUACCCUCGAGCUUGGAUUCCGACAGCUCAAACCACUGUUCCUGUUGCGACGUCUCCUGCAACUCCAUAGGCUGCGAUGCAGAACGAGUUGGCCUUGACCUUGCGGGUUUAUCUUCCGAUUCCCGUAGUUCAGGAGGCGAAAUCUCGCCUGCUAGCGGUAAAACCGCUGGGAUUAGGGUUUGGUUGCUUGAUUUCAGCGAUCUGAGAGGUGAAUUACCCCCUGAGAUUUCGGGAUUGGAGAAGCUGGAGGUGAUUGACCUUCAAGGUAAUAGCUUUCUCGGGAAAUUCCCGGAAAGUUUUCCUGGGUUGGAGGGAAUCAGUGUUUUGAAUCUAGGGCUCUAUCGGAUCGUCAAGUCAAGGAACAUUGAUCUGUCGGAAAUGUUUGAUCUUAGCCUCGUAAGAUGCCUGAAACUGAAGGACAAUGCUCUAACUUUGAAGCUUGCUGACCUGGUUAGGGAUGAUGUUCUUGGAACUUCGAGGAACCGAGUCAAGAUCAGGAAACUUAUGGGGCUCGACGACGGAGACGAGGGCGCGAAUUUGGAUAACGGAAUGAGCGAAUCUCCUCCGGGAAAAGAUGGGUUGUACCCGAUAGAGAUCGCUUCGAUCGUGUCAGCUUCAGUCAUUGUCUUUGUCCUCCUCGUACUCGUUGUCUUGUUCUUCUACACGAGGAAAUGGAAGAGAAGUUCUCAGGUUCAGGUAUCUGAACCGAGGGAGAUCAAACUGUUUGUCGAUAUCGGGGUUCCAUUAACGUACGAGAAAAUCGUCAGGGCAACCGGAUGUUUCAGCAACUCGAACUGCAUUGGCCAUGGCGGAUUCGGUUCCACAUACAGAGCCGAAAUAUCUCCGGACACAACAGUAGUCGCUGUCAAGAGACUCUCUGUCGGAAGAUUCCAAGGGGUUCAACAGUUCCACGCUGAGAUAAUGGCGCUCGAAGUGGUGCGACACCCGAAUCUCGUAACCCUAAUCGGGUACCAUGCGAGCGAGACCGAGAUGUUCCUCGUUUACAAUUACUUACCCGGAGGAAACCUUGAGGAUUUCAUCAAAGAAAGAUCCGAACCCGCUCUCGACUGGAAGAUCCUUCACAAGAUUGCUUUGGACGUUGCCCGAGCUCUCGCCUACCUCCACGAGCAAUGCUCGCCCAAAGUCCUGCACCGAGACAUCAAACCGAGCAACAUACUCCUCGACGAUCAAUACAACGCGUAUCUGUCUGAUUUUGGCCUGUCCAGACUCGUGGGAGCUUCGCAGACCCAUGUCACGACAGGAGUGGCUGGAACAUUCGGGUACGUGGCUCCAGAAUACGCGAUGACAUGCCGGGUGUCGGAAAAGGCGGACGUUUACAGCUACGGGAUAGUGCUUCUCGAGCUGAUAUCGGAUAAAAAGGCAUUGGAUCCGACUUUCUCGUGCCAAGAGAACAUCGUGUCGUGGGGACAUGCGAUGUUAAGACAAGGCAAGGCCAAGGAUGUUUUUGCGAAAGGGCUGUGGGAGAAAGAGACGUCGGGUCGUCGGGAUGAUCUGGUGGAGGUUCUGCAUUUGGCACUGAGGUGUACGGUCGAGAGCCUGUCGACUCGGCCGACGAUGAAACAGGUGGUUCAACAGCUGAAACGGAACAGACCCUCUUGAAGGAAGACAGUGUUUGAGAACUGUAACUAGGUCUCUCGGUCUGUAUAUGGAGACAUCAGAGUUAAGAUGUUAAGCUUCUUUUGUUCUUGUAGUCUCUUGUUAGCGCUGUUGUAUGCUGCUUCUCAAAAGUUAAUUUCACUAAUUGACUAAAAAGACCCAAACUUUACCGGAUUUGGAUGAUAU